CCAUGGCAUGCAGUUGGCGGGCUGGUUGCAAGUGUCACCCCAACUGGCUCUAUGGAGUCUUGAGAGCCUACACGUCUCUUAUGCUCAUCUUUGCCCUUACAACUUCGGUGAACUCAGGUGUUCUUCAGCUGCCCAAACCUAACUUCCAAGGCACUGUCUCUUGCAAUGAUGACGGAGUAAUAGUGAAGUUUCCGGAAAACCUUGACCUUAAGAAAUGGCACGCAUCUGUGGUGGAUGCCCUUGGUCUUGAAAUACGGAACUGCAUUUACACCCUGGACCCAGAAAAGGCCAUCCUGAUUGUUCCAUAUGAAAACUGUACCAGGAGGGUGCAUAAGGAGUACCAGAUGACCAUGAGAGUUGUGGACGACCAUCUUCCUACAAGCCCUGAGCCCAUCACAUAUCAGAUCAGCUGUCCAGCUACGGAAUUAGAGGCUCCAUCCGAAUGGCUUACGGGAUCCACAAACUGCAUGGAAGAUGUCAUGUCUUUUUCCUUUCUGCUGAGUUUUCCUGGCUUCGAUGGAUGGAAUAAGACGAAAACCCUUCUGCCAGGAUGGAUCUUUACAGUUGGUGAAGAUCCUGGCCGAAAUAUGACCUUUAUAGAGGCCAUGAAACAAGGAUAUUCGGCCCUGGUUGAUAGUGGCAAACUCAUCCUUCAGGUGUUGUUCAAUGCCACUGGAGUAACUCACUAUGAGCAAGGCAAUAGUCAUCUCUAUAUGGUGUCUCUGAGCCUGCUGCACGAGAGUCCUGGAAGGAAGAUCAUCCUUUCAGCUCGAAUGAUUUGUGUCACAGAUCACGUGACUUGUAAUGCCACCCACAUGACUCUCACCAUACCAAAGUUUCCUGGGAAGUUAAAAGCUGUGAACACUGAAAGCAGGAGCAUUGAUGUGAGCCAGUUGCCGGACAAAGGGAUUGAUAGAGAAACAACAAACGGCUUGAGAUUGCAUUUCAGCAAAAAUUUACUCAAAACAAAAAUUUCUGCAAAAUGCCUCUCCUCUCAGUUCUAUUUAUCACUCAAGCUGACUUUCCACAUUUAUGGGAGGACUGUGUCCAUGGUAAUGCAUCCUGAAUGUGUCUGCGACUCUCCAGUUUUUGUAGUUACAGAUAAGCUGUGUACCAAAGAUGGAUUUAUGGAGUUCGAGGUCUACAGCCACCAAACUAAACCAGCUCUGGACUUGGAUACCCUCAGGGUGGGCGACUCAUCCUGUCAGCCUAUCUUCGAUGACAUGCUUAUAAAUAGCAACAUUGAAAGUCAUCUUCCCCCAGUGGCUUCAGUGAAGCCAGGUCCACUGGCUUUGAUCCUGCAAACUUAUCCAGAUAGCUCUUACCAGCAACCUUAUGGGGACCGCGAAUACCCUUUGGUGAAAUACCUCCGCCAACCAAUUUACAUGGAAGUAACAGUCCUGAACAGGACUGACCCCAACAUCAAACUAGUCUUAGAUGACUGUUGGGCAACUACCACCAUGGACCCAGCCUCUCUCCCCCAGUGGAAUAUUGUCGUGGAUGGCUGUGAAUAUAACUUGGAUAACUACCAAACCACUUUCCAUCAUGUUCAGUCCUCAGUGAUGAUUCCUCAUCACUAUCAGAGGUUUGAUGUGAAGACCUUUACCUUUGUCUCAGGGACCCAAGCAUUCUCUAGCCUGGUCUACUUCCACUGCAGUGUCUUGAUCUGCAACAAACUCUCUCCCGAUUCCCCUCUGUGUUCUGUGACUUGCCCUGGGUCACCUAGGAAGAGGCGAGCCACAAGCACCACGGAAGAAAAAACAUUAAGCCUCCCAGGACCCAUCCUCUUGUUAUCAGACAGCCCUUCACUUCUUGAAGAUCUUGAGGGCUGGAAAGAGCACAAGACCUCCGAAGACAUUGCUUCUAAAGCGGUGCUUGCUGUGGCUGCUUUAACGGGUGCUGUGGCGACUCUAAGCCUCAUCCUGUAUCUACGUAAGAAGAGAACCCUAACUCCUUAACUGGGUUGGAAAAAAAGUACAAGGAAAUCAAAUGUAUUUUGCAUUAAACUUCAAUGGAAUUUAAAGAUUUUUCUCCCCGCUUAUUUGAGAGUGAAUGUAGUAAGGCUUCACAAUCCUCUAGGCAGUUCUUUGCUGUGUAAACAUAAAUAAAAAGUAGCUUAUAACUGAA